AUGGUGCACGUCGAGCUCGACCGUGCGGACGAGUGGUCCGAGUCCGACGUCUCGGAAGAUGUCUCCGACUCCGAAGUGGGCGAUGGCCUGGACUGGCUCGACGCCGUCGAGAGCCAUGAUGGUUCAGCCCGGCUAUCCGCCGCCUUCUCGAUCGUCGGAGGCGCGGCCGCGGCGCGGAGGCCGAAUGUGCACGGCGGCGUGCUCUCCCGCCCCUUUCAGCCGCUCUCCAAUCGCACGCAGAAGCUCGCCUCCCACAUCCGGGCCACGCCCUUGGAGGAGUGGGAAGGUAGAAUGAACGUGGGGAUGUCAAAUUCGGUAACGACUGCAAUCAGGGACAGCAUAAGGGACACAUCAAUUGGCAAAAUAAGGAACCAUGAGAAGGCCGAUCGUGCUACGGUGGAACAGGCCAUUGACCCAAGAACACGCAUGGUUUUGUUCAAGAUGUUGAACAGUGGUGUUUUUAAUAAUAUAAAUGGUUGCAUUUCUACAGGAAAAGAGGCAAAUGUCUAUCAUGCAACAAAGAUAGAUGGCCAGGAGCUAGCAAUCAAAGUCUAUAAAACCUCUGUCCUUGUCUUUAAGGAUAGAGACAGAUAUGUUCAAGGAGAUUAUCGUUUUAGAUAUGGUUACUGCAAGCAUAAUCCCCGGAAAAUGGUUAAGACCUGGGCUGAAAAGGAAAUGAGAAAUCUUAAACGAGUGGCAGCAGCUAAAAUUCGAUGCCCAGCACCAUUGCUCCUGAAGCUUCAUGUAUUGGUGAUGGAAUUCAUAGGGAAAGGAGGUUGGGCUGCUCCUCGUCUUAAGGAUGCUGCUUUGUCGGUUGACAAGCUGCGUGAAGCUUACUUUGAGAUUGUUACGAUAAUGAGGACACUUUAUCAAAAGUGCAAGCUGGUCCAUGGCGAUUUGAGUGAAUAUAACAUUCUUUAUUUUAAGGGCCACUUAUAUAUCAUUGAUGUUUCGCAAUCUGUUGAUGUUGAUCACCCUUUGGCGUUGGACUUAUUAAAGGAAGAUUGUUUGCAUGUUUCUGACUUCUUUCUGAAACGAGGUGUCGCUGUCAUGACAGUAAUGGAUCUAUUUAAUUUUGUGAUUGAUCAAAACAUUGCGGAUGACGAUGUAGAUGAUUACUUAGAAAAGGUUCAGCAGAAGAUGUUGGAGAAUGGAGAUACACUCGCAAAUGAUGAUGACAUAUCUCCAACAGUCAUGGUGCAGACGUUGGAUUAUGUGAAGCAGUGUGAGGCUGAUAUAGUCAACAUGUCAAUGUUGCAACGACCAUCCCUGUGUUACGAGCCACCAGCGGAUAAGCUUUAUAACCAGCCAUUGCUAGGAUUUGUGCGGGCUGAAAAAAACAAGCGUACUGCUGAAAAGCAGAAAAAACAGUUGCCACAUAAUAAGUGCUCAUUGCUAAGUAGUGAAUCUUGCUCUAGUUCUGGUGAAGAUUCGAGGUAUGAGGCUGAUCCCAAGAUGGGACCUGAGGAGAGGAAGGCUGCUCGGAAGGAGGAGAAGAAGAAAGUGAAAGAAGAGAAGAGAGAAGCUCGGAAGACGAAGGAGCCGAAAGCCGAUAAGAAGAGGAGGAAGAAAAUGGCAAAAGCGAAGUGCAAGAGGUAG